GACCAAGGGCAGGAGAUGGCUUUGCCAGUUCCAGUAUUAAUCUGUCUUUUAUUUAAAGCAAUGACAGCACUGACAGAAGAUGCAAGAGUGGUCGUGACACCUGACAGUAUAGUCCAGCAGAGUAACUGGACAGCUAACCAAACUGAAGCUGACUAUGUAGAAGGGCUUAUAGCCUUGAAGUUUUCACACCCCUGUCUGGAAGACCACAAUAGUUACUGCAUCAAUGGAGUGUGCGCUUUCCACCAUGAGCUAGAGAAAGCCAUCUGCAGAUGUUUUACUGGUUAUACUGGAGAAAGGUGUGAGCAUUUGACCUUAACUUCAUAUGCUGUGGAUUCUUAUGAAAAAUACAUUCCAAUUGGGAUUGGCGUUGGAUUAAUAUUAAGUAGUUUUCUCGCUAUGUUUUACUGCUACAUAAGAAAGAGGUGCCUAAAACUGAAAUCACCUUACAACAUCUGUUCUGGAGGGAAACCACUGUGA